AUGUCUACCACGACAACGAAAACCAAAGGGAAGAAAAAGUUAGUAUAUAGACAAGACCCAGAUGGUGUAUUUCGACUUAAGAAAGUCGAUGAUAAUGAAUCAAUGUUAUCUGGUCAGACGACUACUACAGUCGAAAAGAAACAAAGAGUAGAUAAUUACUUGAACGAACUUAUUGAAUGCUCAUAUAAAGUUGUGGAAACUGACGAAGAUGAACAACCAACUGAUAGUAAUGGACACUCUCAUACUACUGUCCCUCAAGUACCAGCAAAAUUAAAACCCCCAAAAGUUUUCGUUGCGAAGCAGAAAAAAUCCUUAACAAAGAAAAACAAUAAACUUUCAAUUCCCCCCUUACCCAAAAGAAGACCAUCCGUCAGUCUGUUACUUAGUAUUAAAACUGAGGAUUUAUCCGAGCACGAUCAAAAACGGAUAAAGGAGGCAAUUCAUUUACUAAAAGAACGUGAAAAAAGUGUACAACAAAAAACUAAACAAGCAAAAGAAGAACAAGAAAGACUAAAGGAAGAAGAAAGAUUAAAAGAAUUGAAAGAGCAAUUGGAAAUAGAAAAGGAAAAGGAGAAACAAUUACUUAAAGAACUCGAAAAAGAGAAGAAGAAAAAGAAAAAAGCUAAAGUUAAAGUCAUUCAAACAGAACCUGAACAGACUGAACAGAAACCAAAAGAAACUGCCAUAGAAGACAAAAGAGAGACCCCAAUAGCAGAACUCCCACCGCUCCCAAAACACAACGAAACAUCCAAUUCCGAGAUAUCUGGCCCUCCUGCUAUUCCAGAACACAAAGACAACAAAACUGAAAAGAAAACCUCGGGCUCAAUCUCUAAUAUAAUGAAACAAAUUAAACAAGCAUCCAACUCAUUGACUCAAUUUCAUACCCCCAGUUAUAUUUGGGGUUUUUUGACACCAAUUCUUCUUAUAAAGUUCGCCCAACCGAUAAUGAUAAUCGCUGCUAUGCUUGCAGGAUUGGGAUUAGUCGCAGGUGGUUUACUUUGGCAAUUUGAUCGUCUUGGGCUUAUGAAAGGAAAGAAUCAUUACCUUGAUAUUUUGAUCAAUAAAUUAGAAUCUUCCAAGAAGGAAACGCACAAAAAGGAAGAAAGCCCAAAGAAGAACAAGACCGUGGAACUGAAAAAUACUUCGAGCAAGGAUACCAAGAAAGAAGCUGUAGUUAUCAUGGAAGAAUCAGAAGAGGAAGAAGAAGAGGAGGGUGAACUGUCCGAAGAAGAAGACGAAAUGUCAGAAACUGAAUCCGAGACAGUUAAAGAUGAGUCCGACGGAGAAGUAAAAACAAUAGACGAUGAACCAAGCAUAGAUGAUACCGAGUAUGUUGAAUUCAUUAAACAACCAGUAGCUCUUCCUAAACGUCCCUCACCGGAAAGUCGUCAUACAGACGAUCCACAUACUAUUAGAGUCGCUCCAUUUAGAUAUGAACGUAGACGCAGUCAGAACAAUAGUUUGCCAAAUUUAGUCACCCCAGUUAAAACUGCUCCACCACUUAAACGAAUGCAUACAGCUCCAACUUCCAGAAGAGUUUCUACUGGUAGCAUGUCUCCAGUGAGACAAUUACCAACCAUCCCUGCACAAAAUGACGAAGACUUGCCAUUGAUUAACGAAGUGAGGUUAUAUGACGAUGAAGAGGAGGAAGAGGAAGAACUUCCAGAAUUGCCUCAAAAACCUAGUUCGGGUUUCCUUCAGAGAGGAAUGAGUACGAAGAGUAAACAUUCUAUUUUAGGUACUAGAGAUAAUUAUAAACGAUUCCUUGCAAAUGUCGACGGGUACGAUUAG